GCGUGUGAUUCGUUUAUCAGCAUAUCGAAGCCAAUCGGAGAGAAGAAGUUUUCUUGCCGUGAAAGUUUUUGAUCGGAGAUGGGACGGAAGUUCUUCGUCGGCGGCAACUGGAAAUGCAAUGGAACUUCGGAGGAAGUUAAGAAGAUCGUGUCAACACUUAAUGCUGGUCAAGUUCCAUCUGGGGAUGUUGUAGAGGUUGUGGUCAGCCCUCCAUUUGUAUUUAUCCCUUAUGUUAAAAGCGAAUUGAGGUCUGAAUUCCAUGUUGCGGCCCAAAAUUGUUGGGUUAAGAAAGGAGGAGCAUUCACCGGUGAAAUUAGUGCAGAGAUGCUUGCCAACUUGGGCAUCCCUUGGGUCAUCAUUGGUCACUCAGAAAGGAGAGCUCUAUUUAACGAAUCCAACGAGUUUGUUGGAGACAAAGUUGCAUAUGCACUUUCUCAAGGUUUGAAGGUGAUCGCUUGUGUUGGGGAGACUCUUGAACAGCGGGAAGCUGGAACCACUAUGCAAGUUGUUGCUGCACAAACUAAGGCAAUUGCAGAUAAGAUCUCAAGCUGGGAUAAUGUUGUCCUAGCAUAUGAGCCAGUUUGGGCUAUUGGAACUGGAAAGGUUGCCACUCCACAGCAGGCUCAAGAAGUGCAUGCAGAAUUAAGGAAAUGGCUUCAAACAAACACCAAGGCCGAAGUUGCUGCUUCAACCAGGAUUAUCUAUGGAGGAUCCGUUAACGGUUCCAACUGCAAGGAAUUAGCUGGGCUACAAGACCUGGAUGGUUUCUUAGUUGGUGGGGCUUCUCUCAAGCCUGAAUUCAUGGACAUCAUCAAGGCUGCUGAAGUGAAGAAAUGACUUCUGUUUAUACAGCCAAAUUUGACCCCUUAUCUGAAGAUCAAUUUUAUCCAACUCCAUCAAAUUGUGGGAAGCUACUUUGCUCUUUCAAACUGUUCAUUUGUUAGUUUUUCAGUUAAAUUUGUUUUAGCAAAUAAG